UCCGCUUUUCUAGACAGCGAUCAGCGAAAUAAUGACUAGAUUAUCCCAUAAAGAGUCAUCUUCAGAUAAGGAUCAGAUGGUAGAUAGAGAAGAUAACGCCACUGAACGAGCAUCGCAAUCAGCCUUAUAUAGUAAGGGCUUCUGGUCACCAGACUUGAAGCCCCUACGUGCUACAUACUUCAAGAUUUUGUCUGGUUCCGUGGUUCUGACAAUAAUAGCGAUAUGGUCAUGCCUGCAAGUUUAUUGGGCAAGUAUAGCACACGAGUCAGGUCGACUAUUUCAGGUGAACUCGGUCUUUGUUAAUAGAGACAUUACAAACGGCGUGAAUGGCACGUUAGGCGACACAUUACGUACUACAAUAUUCCAAUCGCUUAACGAAAAACAUCAUUUGGGAUGGACUGAGGAGCCCUCCGAGAAGGUUCCAACAGCCGAGAGUAUAGAAGAAGCACUAGUCGAGGACGAAUGGGCAUGGGUAUUCGUAGUAGCCGAGCAGGAUGCAACUCAGAAUUUAAUAAUCGCGCGCGAAAAUGGCGACAGUAGCUAUGAUCCUAUGUCUUCAGUCAGUAUUUACUAUGCCGAAGCGCGUAAUGAACAAGCAGCUGGAAUAGUUUUGCCCACAACCCAAAAAUUAGUGCAGCAAGCAACGAUCCAAGCUGGUACACAAAUGUUAGCUGCUUACAUGUCCCAACAAGGCGGUAAUGUUACUGCGAUGGAGGCACUCACAAAUGCACCUCAAACUGCUGCUACUCCAUUUGCUACUACUAUCAAUAAUUUUAGACCAUUUGACCAACCAGUUGCUAGGGCCAUCACACUUGUUGGUCUCAUUUAUCUCACUAUUUUAAGCUUCAUAUGUACAAUGGCUCAUUCUGCUGCUAGACCGCUCCUAGAGAAACAUCUCACUUUGAGGUCUUACAUUGGCAUGAGACUUUUGGUCCCCCUCUUUUUAUACACCAUUCUGUCGCUCUUCUUUGCAAUGCUAAAUUUACCGUGGGACGUACAUUUCAAUGCGCACUUCAGCAACACUGCUAAAGGCUUUUUCUGUACUUAUGCCCUAUUGCUUUGUGGAAUGGCAGCUCUAGGUAUGUGUUUUGAAACAUUGGCACAUCCAUUAUUGAUAUCGCCUACAGGACUUGCGACAGAAGCUAUUAUUACCGUCAUUGGACCACAAUUUAUGGCAUAUGCUCUUAUCGCUUUGAUUAUUUCAAACGUUUCAGUAGCAGCCUUGCCGGUUGACUUACAAGUAUGGUUUUUCAGGUAUUAUCCUGCUAUGGUUUAUUAUCAUAUCAAUAGAGGUAUACGUUGUAUCAUUUUCAACACUAAAAACGAGCUGGGAUUCAAUUUCGGCGUUUGUCUCGCCUGGGUCGUCUUCAGCAUUGGAACAAUUUCGGCAUUUACAGCUUUAUAUCGUAGAUUGGAUAUAAAGAAAGCACAAAAGGAAUCAGAAACACAAGGAGAAAACAAAGCUUAACAAAGCUUAAUUAUUCAUACUAUUAUCAUUAUAAACUAAGGAUCCACCACUCUUACUAAUUCUAUGUACUUAUUACUAUUCUUAUAAAUCUAUAUAAUAAUUUAAUGCAUUCUAACCAUUUUAAUUUGUUAAUUCCUCCCAGUCAUCAGAUUGAUGAGUUGAUACACUUCCUUGUCUUGAUAAUUGAGGUGUUGAUUGUCCAGAUGGUUUACGGAAUUCGAUGACACCAGCUUUGUCUUGCUUAUAUUCAUCGACCAAUUUAGUGAGUAAUUGUGAAGGAAGAUGUGAACCAAUCUUGCGUCUAAUAGUGAUAACAUCUUCGAAAAUUUCUGUAUCAAAACCGUAUGCCUCAGCGUAAUCAAUGCAAAAUGCACUUCUUGAUUUAUUCAUAAGUGGUAAUUGUAGAGCUCUAUUUGAAGAAUCAAUGAAUUCAUUAUAGGCUUUCUCAAUACCACUAACGAAACCUUGAUUUAUUUGAGCAAAUCUGAUAGUUUCACUUGAAAAGUUGUAAUCAAUUUUACGCUUAAAUGUAUCAUUAAUUCCUAAAGCUCUUGCUAAUCUUGAAUUACGUUCUGCUGCCGCACAACUACUCUUACAUUCAAGGUAGACAUCCUGCUUUGAGUGAGUGUUGGAUAAUGAAGCACCACAAGUUGCUUUAGCCUUCUGAGUUCCACAUUUGCAAGCCAUAAUUAUCACCGCCUGACAGGGCAUCGAUUCAUCGCAUGGUGUCAAACCAUGACAUUGUGCAAUGUCAGUAUGUGAACAGAUUGAUCUCAAUUUUCCACAAACUGAACUACAGGCUUCCUCCGGUCCUCUACAUUCAUCUUUAUGACAGCUUUUCUUGCAUCGAUGUCCACAUUCUUGAAUUUUGUCGCACUUUUUUCCACAUCUUACAUUCUCCUGAGAACAUCUAACGUUCGAAAUUUGAGAUUUACCGCAUUGACAUGAACGUGUUGUCAAGAAUGGGCAAGGUGGACAACUAACAUCAUCACCAUGGCAAGUGUGUGAUGGACGUGGAUGACCACAUUCUGGAGGUGGUCUAUUACAUGGAUAUGUACAGUGUAUUUCUGUUCCACAUGGUAUUGGAGGUUCAAGUGUAGUGUUACCACAACUGCAAGUGAGUUCAUCAAAUGAUGCAUUCAGACAUGGACCACACUUUCCUUUAUGAUCUGGUUCGAGACAUUUGUGAGUACCGCAAGAUAAGGUCUUUCCACAAAUGAUUGGACAUGUAUGCCACAUUUGCAUAACUUCUUCAGGAAUUUGAGUGUCAAUCAAUGCCUUACGUUUACCACGUCUGUCUUCAAAUUCACGCAAUGGACAACAACGUUUGAGACACUCGUGCUUUCCACAAAGUCUGAGUGAGUGACAAACUCUAUCGCAAAGUACCUCCUCGCCUUCUUGUUGCACUUCAAAGCAUUUCCUUGUUACUUUUGAUACACCACAGCGACACACCGUUGUAAUUUCCGCAUCACAAGGUGGGCAUUCAUCUGUGUGACAUUUCGAUUUACAGAUGUGACCACAGUUUAAAUGAGACUUUCCACACGUUUUACCGCAAGAAGCUAUUGGGUCUUGACAGCUCUUUCUCUCGCCAUUAUUGAGCUCUUUGAGAGCAUGCUUCCCACAAGGACAUCUAGUAAUGACCUCUGGGGAGAGCGGGCAAGUGAGAGCUUUGCGAGAAGGCGGGUGACAAAAUCCUUGACACUUGUGGAAAUUACAGUCAUAGUAUUCACCACAUACAUUGGAACAUUCCCAUAGAGCAAUAUAAAACUCAUCUUUGCUAUAACAUGCUUGUUUACCGAGAUAUCCACGAGUUCCACAAGGCUUUUCGCUUCUUUCUUUCCCACAAUAACACUUGCUGUUCUCAACUUUGUUACAAGGUGAGCAAGGUCCAGGAUGACACUGAUCAAUGCAAGAAUGUUGACCACAACCGAGUUGUUUUCCACAGACAUCGCCGCAGGCAGUUGGUAAAAUUUUACCAGUCGACGGAUCUCUCGGUGCAUAUGCACAUUUGAUUGGUGUUGUAGUCUUACCACAAUGGCAUUUUACAUGAAGUGAAGUUUGACAGUCCAUACAUGGUCCAGGAUGGCAAGGAAGUGGGCAUGGAUGUUUGCAAUGUUGUCUCUUCCUUGAACAAGACUGACCGCAGGAGUGAGGGACUGCCAGUUUGUCUGGUUUUGGAUCACGCUGUCUCCUACAGAAACAUCUAUAUUCGCGUGGUAUUUUUGUUGAUUUCGUCUGACAGCCGGGACACCUCCAAUGCUUCUGUUCGCCUUCUUUGAACGGCUGUCCAAAAGAUUGCUUGGCCCAUUCUGUGAUGCACUUCAAGUGGUAGACGUUGAAGCAAGUGUUACAUGAGUGUGUUCUCUGAAAGACCUGUAAGAAAAAUUCUAUAAUAUAAACAAAGAACUUACAUCCUGAGUUUUGACAACUUCAAAACAAAUCAGACACU